AUGCUCGGGCUGGUCUGCAGUUCCCAGUCGGUCGUGUUCAUCGCCUGCUCUGGAAGGGCCACUAUCCCGAGCGGAUCGGGGUCGGAGCUCCCAUCUAUCUGGUCGCCGUCCUGGAGUAUCUGA